CAUAUUUUGGCCGCCGCCGCCACCACCGGAGCCGCCGCCGCAGCCGCCGCGAUGGAAAACUAUCGAAUGAAGAGCUACAAGAACAAAGCCCUAAACCCCGAGGAGAUGCGCAGGAGGAGAGAGGAGGAGGGGAUCCAGCUGCGCAAACAGAAACGGGAGCAGCAGCUCUUCAAAAGAAGGAAUGUGGAGCUGAUCAAUGAAGAUGACUCCAUGUUUGACAGUCUCCUGGUGGAUUCCUACGUCACUUCCACAACGUGUGGGGAGGGAUUGAUCACAGGAGAGAUGGUGGAGAUGCUUUUCUCAGAUGACCCUGACCUACAGCUAGCAACCACUCAGAAAUUCAGGAAAUUACUCUCCAAAGAGCCAAAUCCUCCAAUAGAUGAGGUGAUAAACACUCAGGGAGUGGUGGAGAGGUUCGUGGAAUUCCUGAAAAGAAGUGAAAAUUGCACAUUACAGUUUGAGGCUGCGUGGGCCCUGACAAACAUCGCCUCAGGGACCUCCCAACAAACCAAAAUAGUCAUCGAGGCUGGGGCAGUUCCCAUCUUUAUAGAGCUCCUAAACUCUGACUUUGAGGAUGUUCAGGAGCAGGCUGUCUGGGCGUUGGGGAACAUUGCUGGAGACAGCUCUGUGUGUAGGGAUUAUGUCCUGAACUGUGCCAUUCUUCCUCCCUUGUUAAUGCUCCUCACCACGUCCACCAGGCUGACAAUGACACGAAAUGCUGUCUGGGCCUUGUCAAACCUGUGCAGAGGGAAGAGUCCACCUCCUGAAUUUGAUAAGGUGUCUCCCUGCCUGCCAGUGUUGUCCCGAUUGUUGUUCAACAGUGACUCUGACCUGCUGGCAGACGCGUGCUGGGCUCUGUCCUACCUGUCCGAUGGUCCCAACGAGAAGAUCCAGGCUGUGGUGGACUCAGGGGUGUGCAGGAGGCUGGUGGAGCUCUUAAUGCACAACGAUUACAAAGUGGCCUCUCCAGCUCUUCGGGCAGUUGGCAACAUCGUGACAGGGGAUGACAUCCAGACCCAGGUGAUUCUAAACUGCUCAGCCCUGCCUUGCCUCCUCCAUUUAUUGAGCAGUCCCAAGGAAUCCAUCAGGAAAGAGGCAUGCUGGACCAUAUCCAACAUCACAGCAGGCAACAGAGCACAAAUCCAGGCAGUGAUAGAUGCCAACAUCUUCCCGGUGCUGAUCGAAAUCCUGCAGAAAGCGGAAUUCCGCACGAGGAAAGAGGCAGCCUGGGCCAUCACCAACGCCACCUCAGGAGGGACCCCUGAGCAGAUCAGGUACUUGGUGAAUUUGGGUUGCAUCAAACCUCUGUGUGACCUGCUGACUGUCAUGGACUCCAAGAUUGUUCUGGUGGCCUUGAACGGGCUGGAAAACAUCCUGAGGCUGGGAGAGCAGGAAGCCAACCAGAGUGGGACUGGCAUCAACCCCUACUGCAACCUGAUUGAGGAGGCCUAUGGUUUGGACAAAAUAGAAUUCCUCCAGAGCCACGAGAACCAGGAGAUCUACCAGAAAGCCUUUGAUUUGAUUGAGCACUACUUUGGGGUGGAGGACGACGCCGCCGUGGCCCCGCAGGUGGACGAGAACCAGCAGCAAUACAUCUUCCAGCAACCCGAGGCUCCCAUGGAAGGAUUCCAGCUAUAAUCCUGGGAAAAAAAACAACAAAAACCCCACCACAAACUUUCUGGAAAGUUUGGGAGAGCAGCUGCUGGUCCUGGCUGGGAAGGUUGGACACUCAGUGCUCCUGUUUGGGAAAACUCUACGAACACCGCGAGCGGCCGGUGCUGCCGGAGAGAAGGGGAAUUUCUGCUCCUUGAUCCUUUGGGCUGCUGCUCACCUUGGCUUUGGAGGCAGGAAGGACACAGAGGUGACAGGUGGCACCUCUUGGUGGCUUCUUCUUUGUGGUGGUGUCUUCCCCAGUGCAGUUUUUACCUCGGGUACUCCAGCCUUGGGUUGGGUGAGGACACGGAGAGGAGGGAGCUGUUCUGGCCACAGUAAUUCUGCAAAACCUGGCUUGAUCUAUUUAAAUUUCCUUUUUUUUUUCUUUUUUUUUUUGUUUUCUUUUUUUUUGUUUUUGCACAUGUUACUCUUUAUUAAAGACUCUUUAAUAUGCCAAGAGCAAAA